AUGGCACAAAUCGCUUUUUCAAGAACAACACAAACUGAGAAGGAGGUACUCGAUGAUGUGAUUGUCCCCGAAUGCAAAACUGAAGAAUCCUUUGACCAUAGCUACAACUUUGAAAACAAAAUACAUUUAGUUUCCAAAGAUUUGUUUUCUCAAGGAUUUUCAAAAUAUUUUCGGAGUGAUCUGUUCUCCGAUGUAACGGUUAAUCAUGUUCCAACAAAAACAACUUACAGAUGUCAUCGAAUAAUUCUAGCUCACCAAUCUCAGUUUUUUGAAAGUCUUUUUACAGGUCCGUUUAAAGAUUCGGGAGAUUGUGUGGAUGUACACUUUGAAGACAUGGAUGGUGUUUUUGAGAAGGUGCUCGAGUAUUUAUAUACAGGAAAUAUCACAAUUCCAGCAACCUCUAUUGUAGGACUACAUGUUGCAGCAGAUCAAUUAAUUUGUAACGAUUUAUCGAACAGUGUGAUGGUAUUCCUAGAUCAAUUCCUUUCCGAGAAAAACGUUUUUCAGAUUUUAAACUCUUCGCUGAGACAAUACGAUGAUGCUAUUUUGGAGAAAGCAUGCACAUACAUUGCCAUGCAUUUUGUUUCCUUAUAUGAUGAGUUCAAUUUAAUAUAUUCAGAUUUGCCUUCCCAAGUUUUCUUUGGAAUUAUUGCCCAUGAAAAUAUUGCAAAAGGAAGUGGUACUAAAGCCGUUAAAAGUAAGCUGAUUAGUCAGUGUGUGGACGACUAUUGCAAAAAGAAUAAUGUUUUAGAAAAUGUGGAACUGCUUCAGCUGUGUAUUGAUGCUCUCUCAGCUUCUGAAACGAUCACACCAGACUCUGCUGCUUUUUAUCUUAUUCAAUGCCAAAAACACGAUUUAAAGGAGCACAUUUCUGCUUGUACAAGAAUUUUGGCUCUCAAUUUUAAUGAUCUCAAAGACUUGUCAAUUAUUUAUCAAUUCAAACCUGAAACAUUUUAUGAGUUGAUCUCAUCCGAUGAAUUAUACAUUGGUCGUGAAGAUAAUGCCUUUGAAGUGAUUCUAUCCUAUUUCAAGCAUCGAGAAGAUGUAACGGAAGAUCAACGACAGAAAAUAGCGAACACCAUCAGAUUUCCUUUUCUUUCUUAUUCAUAUCUUCAAAAAAUUGUAGAGAAAACAGAACCAUUAAUAGCAAGUGUUGUCUUGGAGGAGAAUUUGGCUCUAUCAUUACUGGAGCGAAUUAAAAAGUUGGAAAAAAAAGGAUCCUACAAAGUUAAUGAUGAAGAGGAAGGUCCACUGUUCUUGAAACCACGAACAACAAGAAUGUUCACGCAUACAUUUGACUUUGAUGAGUGUGGCAUUAUAUAUUGGUUAGGAACUUUGUAUUUAUCUGAGAAUUAUGUCGCUCCAACAACAAGAGGACUUCUCAAAAUUUCAUGUUCGUGCUCUUUUGAGGCUGGAUCAGAGGACGACAUUAUUUCUAGAAAUCCUGUUUCCUGUAACUUGGUCAACAAUCCUGGUACCACCAUUACCUUUGACUUUUUACAGCUCAUAAUUUCACCUUCCGCUUACACAAUUCGACACACCUCUGCACGCGACACGGAGUGUUUAAGAAACUGGAAAUUCCAAGGCUCUAUUGAUGGAAAUCAUUUUGUAGAUAUCAAAGUUCAUACCAACGACCAAACCAUUACCACAAAAUCUCAAUCUGCAACAUUCUCUGUCGAAUGUAAUGAAUAUUUCAGAUAUUUCAGAAUUUUACAAGAUGGCCUUAACAGCAGCUCCAACAACUAUUUGAGCUUGGGAGGUUUUGAAAUUUAUGGACUUGUGAAGAGCAUUGCUUGA